AUGAAGUUAAGGCAAGAUAGGUGGUACUUUUGGGACAGAAAAGUGCACGUAGAGGAAACCCAGGUCUUGUGUGUGAAGGUUGAUUAUCUCCAAGUUGAAGUCACUAUGCAAGAUUGCAUGAAGGGAAAGGAGCUCCUUAGCUUUUUGAGAAUGUUUAAGUAUGGUGUUGAUGAGAAUAUUGAAGAGGGAGAGUUAAGAUUGGAAACUUCUAAUGAGACCUUAACCUUACAUGUUGGAAAACUUGCGGUGGUGGGGCAGGUCAAGCAGUCUCUUAUCUUGGAAUUGAUUCUAUUCUAUGAUAUGCUGCAAAUUGCAUCAAUUAACUAA